GUGUUAUUCUCCACAGAGACAUUUGCCAUGGGGGUCAAUGCUCCAGCACGGACUGCUGUUUUUGAUUCUUUAAGGAAAUAUGAUGGAAAGGAUUUUAGGCAAUUGCUUCCGGGCGAAUAUAUUCAAAUGGCUGGUCGUGCAGGUAGAAGAGGACUUGAUGACAUUGGUACAGUUAUACUAAUGUGUCGUGAUGAUAUUCCGGAAGAGAGUGAUCUGAAGCAUGUCAUGGUUGGAAAACCAACCAAGCUGGAAUCUCAGUUUCGGUUAACUUACACCAUGAUUCUACAUCUCCUUCGUGUUGAAGAACUUAAGGUGGAAGACAUGUUGAAAAGAAGCUUUGCUGAAUUCCAUGCUCAAAAGAACCUGCCCGAGACGAAAAAAUUACUUCUUUUAAAGCUAUCUGAAAGUACCAAAUCGAUAGAAUGUAUCAAGGGUGAGCCUGCUAUUGAGGAGUACUUUGAGAUGGCUGUACAAGCAGAAGCAUACAGGGAUCAUAUAUCAGAGGCAGUAAUGCAGUCGCAGUCCGCACACCAUUUUCUUUCACCUGGCAAAGUGGUGGUUGUUAAAUCGCAAUCUGAUGAUGAUCAUUUACUUGGUGUAAUCAUUAAAACACCAUCUUCUACGCAUAAAAAGUAUGUUGUUCUAGUGCUGACAACUGAUAUGGCCUCAUCUGUGCAAUCUCCGUCAGCCCCCAUGAAUAAGUUGAAAGAGAAAGAAAAUAGCAACACACCACAAGGUUAUUUCAUUCAACCUAAAGGAAAGAGGGGAAUGGAUGAAGAGUAUUUUACAUCAGUUAGUUCCCGAAAAGGAACUGGUGCUAUAAAUAUAAAGUUUCCUUACCGUGGUAAUGCAGCUGGGAUGAACUAUGAAGUCAGAGAAAUAGAAAGUAAAGAGUUCAUGGGUUUUUGCCAUCCUAAAAUUAAGAUUGAUCAAAUAUCGAUUCUUGAGAAUCCUAAUAAUGCAGUUUACUCUAAAACUGUUCAACAGCUCUUAGAACACAGGCUUGAUGGAACUAAAUAUCCCCCUCUUCUUGAUCCUGUGAAAGAUCUCAAGCUGAAAGACAUGAUUGCUGUAGAGAGCUAUCAAAAGCAUAAUAAACUAUUGCAAAAGAUGGCUGAGAACAAGUGUCAUGGAUGCAUUAAGUUGAAGGAGCACCUUUUGUUGCUGAAGGAGCAAAAUAAACUCAUGGAAGAAGUCAACGCUUUGAAAUUCCAAAUGUCAGAUGAAGCACUGCAGCAGAUGCCAGAUUUUCAGGGCCGAAUUGAUGUAUUGAAGGAAAUUCAUUGCAUUGAUUCUGAUCUAGUUGUCCAAAUCAAAGGGCGGGUGGCUUGUGAGAUGAACUCUGGGGAUGAAUUGAUAUGCACGGAGUGCUUGUUUGAGAAUCAAUUCGAUGACCUGGAACCCGAAGAAGCUGUAGCAAUUAUGUCUGCUUUUGUUUUCCAGCAGAAGAAUACUUCUGAACCAACUCUUACUCCUAAACUUGCUCAGGCGAAGAAGAGAUUGUGGGACACGGCAAUCAAACUUGGGGAACUCCAAGCCCAGUUCAAAUUGGCCGUUUAUCCUGAUGAGUAUGCCAAAGAAAACCUCAAAUUUGGCCUUGUUGAAGUUGUUUACGAAUGGGCAAAGGGAACUUCAUUUGCUGAUAUUUGUGCGCUUACUGAUGUUCCAGAAGGUCUGAUUGUAAGAACCAUUGUUCGAUUGGAUGAAACUUGCCGUGAGUUCAAGAACGCAGCCUCAAUUAUGGGCAACUCUGCUCUACAUAAAAAGAUGGAGACUGCAUCUGAUGCUAUCAAGCGCGAUAUUGUCUUUGCUGCUAGCUUGUACGUUACAGGCGUUUGAUUUUUUUUUUUGCUUUCUAGUAGCGAUUCUGUAUUAUUUUUAGUUCAUUAGCAAUUGUUGUAUGUUGUAUUAGCUAAUAGUUUGGAACUCCUUUGUCCGGCUAAAACUAAUUGCAAAUUUUUGAUAGAAGGAUGAUAAAUCUACUGUACAGAAAAUGGGACUUGCUUAUCUAAGUACUUUUUUAGUAAAAAAAUUUUGAAUUAUUUAUUUUUAUAUGAAAAUAUUAUUUAAAAAA